CAGCAUGCUUUGCGGCCUGGCGGAGAGGCCCGACGCCUAGUGAUGGGGAGCCCUCGAUGCUCUACGCCGCCAAAUCGGCUGUAGCGGUUGAGGUUGAGCCCGGGGCCUGGGAAUUGGACGCUCGCAGAGGGGGAAAAUGGAAGCGUGGCGCUGUGUGAGGAGAGGCUACGGCCGCUGUGUGGUGGGGAGAGGCAGAUACCCCAUGUUACCCCAUCACCAGAAGAGUCUCGGCAGAGACUGGACUGCACCGUGGGAGAAUCUGCAAAGGUGUUGCUGGAACAGACAUAUUUCUAGUUGUAUGAGGUGGCCUGGACAUUAUUCUCGUGCUCCUUACCCAUACUUCAGUAGUAGGCAUUUUUCACUAAAUUGGAGACCACCUUGUUUGUUUGAGUCUAGAACUCAGUUUCAGUACUGGAACUGGAGACCUGACAACCUGAGCCAGACAUCUUUGAUUCAUCUCUCUAGUUACAUCAUGAACUCUGAGGGAGAUGAGCCUUCAUCAAAACGAAGAAAACACCAAGGCACAAUAAAACGGGAUUGGGAAUAUAUAUGUAACCAUAAUAAAGAAAAAACGAAGAUCCUAGGAGACAAAAAUGAUGACCCCAUAUGUGAAGACAGUGAGAACAAGUUUGACUUUUCAGUGAUGUCCUAUAAUAUACUUUCUCAAGAUUUAUUGGAAGACAAUUCACACCUUUAUAAGCACUGCCAGCGGCCAGUAUUACACUGGAGUUUUAGGUUUCCCAAUAUUCUGAAAGAAAUUAAACACUAUGAUGCAGAUGUACUUUGUUUGCAAGAAGUGCAAGAAGAUCAUUAUGGAACAGAGAUCAGGCCAAGUUUGGAAUCAUUGGGUUAUCACUGUGAAUACAAGAUGCGGACAGGAAGGAAACCUGAUGGCUGUGCCAUUUGCUUCAAACAUUCCAAAUUUUCCCUCUUAUCAGUGAACCCAGUGGAAUUCUACCGCCGUGAUGUUCCUCUAUUGGACAGAGACAAUGUUGGAUUAGUGUUACUCUUGCAGCCCAAAAUCCCAAGUGCUGCCUCCCCUGCAAUCUGUGUGGCUAACACACAUCUGUUGUAUAACCCAAGGCGAGGUGAUAUUAAACUGACCCAACUGGCAAUGCUUCUGGCAGAGAUUUCCAGUGUUGCCCAUCAGAAAGAUGGCAGCUUCUGCCCCAUUGUUAUGUGUGGUGACUUUAAUUCUGUUCCUGGUUCUCCACUGUAUAGUUUUAUAAAGGAAGGGAAAUUGAAUUAUGAAGGACUUGCCAUAGGAAAGGUAUCUGGCCAGGAACAGUCUUCACGGGGACAAAGAAUUUUAUCUAUUCCAAUUUGGCCCCCAAACCUAGGUAUCUCACAGAACUGUGUGUAUGAGGUACAGCAGGUACCAAAAGUAGAAAAGACAGACAGUGAUCUGACACAAACACAGCUGGACAAAACAGAGGUCCUAGUAACAGCUGAAAAAUUAUCUUCAAAGUUACAGCACCAUUUCAGCUUGUCAUCUGUUUAUUCACAUUAUUUUCCUGACACUGGAAUUCCAGAAGUGACCACCUGUCAUUCCCGAAGUGCCAUAACUGUGGAUUAUAUUUUCUAUUCUGCUGAAAAGGAAGGUGUUGCUGGGCAGCCAGGAGCCGAAGUUGCUUUGGUUGGUGGCUUGAAACUUCUAGCUAGACUGUCACUUCUUACAGAACAAGACUUAUGGACUGUUAAUGGACUUCCAAACGAAAAUAACUCUUCGGAUCAUCUGCCUUUAUUGGCUAAAUUCAGACUUGAGCUCUGACUCCUUUGUUUUUUUUUUUUCGGUACGCGGGCCUCUCACUGUUGUGGCAUCUCUCGUUGCAGAGCACAGGCUCCAGACGUGCAGGCCAGCAGCCAUGGCUCACGGGCCUAGCCGCUCCACGGCAUGUGGGCUCUUCCCGGGGCACGAACCCGUGUCCCCUGCAUCGGCAGGUGGACUCUCAACCACUGCGCCACCUGGGAAGCCCCUUACUCUUCUUUGAUUGCAUAUAUACUGUGCUUUCCCAUUUAUGUUCUUUUUCAAAGAAUGUAAAGUUGUUCUUAAGAGUUUGCAUGUUACUUAUUUUUAUGCUAUGGAAUUUCUGAAGAGGUUAUGUUAAAUGCUUGAAACAGGUAGCAGAAGAAACAAGUUUACAACAAUUUUCUUUUUUUGAUAAUGAAAAAAUAUUUUCCUGACAAGUGAGAUCUAAACGCUCUUUAUUGUAAAAGAGUUGUAAAUAUUUAUUAUAAAGUCCAGUAAAAUUGACAGUGAUUUUUAAAUAUAGUGCAGUUUCUUUAGUCCUCUUAGUAAAGAAUUUCAUGUUUUUGGCAAGCUUUACAGUGGAUCCAAAAUAUCUGAGUUCUUACAAACCACAACUCAUUUCCCUUGCAGAGGCCCGAUUUCAUCAUGAGGAUCAUGUUUGUUGAGUCCUAAGUAGUUCAUCUCAGAAAUCAUCGGGUUCACAAGUGUCCAGCCAACCAUUGUAGUUUGUUUUUGAGGGGGCUCAGUAAUGCUUUUCAAAAUUGUACAGAUUGCUUAAUCCAUCUUCUUACUAUCCUGAGCCAUGUAAUAUGCCUGCAUUUUAUUGGGGAAAUAUAGGUCACCAUAACUAGUAGGAUGAAGUGCUUUACACAAGCCCACUUUCCAUCCUGUCAUAGACCAUUGCAGGAUACCUAGGAGAGGCAGAGAUUGGGGUUAUGCCUUGUGUUUCCCUAGUAAUUUUUUUUUUUUUAAUAUUCGGUUUCAAGAAAAGAUCCCUGAAUUGGGAAAGAUAUUUUAUUUUACUUAACUAAUCCUGUAGAAAUUUAUUUUAUUAGGAAACAUAUUUGGAACAAAGUGGCAGCUAUAAGGUUAUUUUUAUUUUGCCUUAGAAAUAAGAGGAAGCCAGCAAAACUCUAGAGAGAUAUCAGCUUGGAGACCUAAUACUCGUAAGUAGUAACUUUAACUGUUUUGUUUUGUUGUGGUUUAACUGUUGUGGUUUUGUUUCUAAAAUGUUUUAUCAUGAUGCAGCAGUGUGAGAUGAUGCUGAUUUUUUUUAUAAAGUGGUGAAGAUCAGGCCUAAAAAAUCCUGUAGUUGGCUCUGUAUAAGUGUUUGAAUCAAAAAUUUUUAAACAUAAUUGAAAAUUUCCUUUUUUAGACAUUGGGAUCAAAGAAUUAUGUACAUUUUUACUAAGUAGUAAUUUUAUACUGAAUUAUACAAUGGGUUUUACAGUGGGUUUUUUUUACAGUGGGUUUUCUUAAUAGAAUACUUCAUCUUAAAUUAGAAAGCAGCAGCUACUUUAUAGUCUUGGACUUUAAAAGUUUUUCUACUAAAGUAUUUACUACAAUGUUUAAAAAAUAAACCAGAUAAAUACCCCCAAAAGGCAUGUGGGUUACAAGGAUUUGCCUAGUAAAAAUUAUAGCGAUAAGCAAGUACUUUUAACUGUUUAAUGUCUUUCUCUCACAGUAUUAACUAUAGUUCUAGGAUUUUUCAUUUCGUAGUAAGUUUUCAGAAAAUUGUAUGUUCUAAUUAGCAGAUAUUGUCAUCAUCAAAUAAUAACAGCACAUAGUAUAUUUAUCCCCUUUUAGUAUUGGGGAAAGAAAAAUGAAGAUUCAUUGAUUACUACUUUGUGUUGUGUGAAUUUAUUAACUAACUUUAUAUAUAGGUAUUGUUGAUAAACAUCCCUGAAAACCUCUAUGAAAACUUAAUUUUUUGUAUCCUGAUUAAUAUAUUGUGAUUUUAGGCCCUUUUCAUGUGUUUCACUUCAAUAGAGUUAAUCCAUAAAAUUGCUUUCUACUUUAGCUUAUAGAAUGAAGUAUUAUUUUGUGUACUGGAGGCCAAAGGGUCCAUGUAACAUCAUAGCUUUUUAAAGCUCCACUAGGGACUUCUCUGGUGGUACAGUGGUUAAGAAUCCACCUGCCAAUGCAGGCGACAUGGGUUCAGUCCCUGGUCCGGGAAGAACACGCAUGCCGCGGAGCACCUAAGCCUGUGUUCCACAACUACUGAGCGUGCAAGCCACAACUACUGAAGCCUGUGCGCCUAGAGCCCGUGCUCUGCAACGAGAAGCCACUGCAGUGAGAAGCCUGCGCACUGCAACGAAGAGUAGCCCCCACUUGCUGCAACUAGAGAAAGCCUGUGCACAGCAAUGAAGACCCAGUGCAGCCAAAAAUAAAUUUAUAUAUAAAAAAAAAGCUCCACUAAAAUUAACGUCCAUUUUCUUUACUUUUUUUGGUCCAAAGAGUUAAUAACUCUGUUGGAUCCUUGUAUUUAUCUGCCAAAAUUAAAUUAAUUUAAAUUUGGUUAAUUGCUGAAACCAAAUCUCCCAGUCCCAAGGGCUAUGCUAUCCAAGUGUGUGGGGGGCGGGGGUUUUUUUUUUUUCUUUGGCUGCACCCUGCGACUUGUGGGAUCUUAGUUCCCUGACCAGGGAUUGAACCUGGGCCAUGGCAGUGAAAGCAGAGUCCUAACCCCUGGACCUCCAGGGAAUUCCCUAUGCUAUUUAAGUUUUAAAUGGAAAGGGAUAUAUUAUGGAGUAGUGAAAUGCUUUACUGUAUGUAGCCUUUGCUAUCAGUAUGCGUGUUUGAAAUCAUCUUUUUUGGAAUUUAGCAGCGGUCUGCUUUUAACCCUUUGCUUUCAUAAAAAAACUAAGAUCCAGAGAAUUCAAGGGGUUGGAGAAACAUUCACGUCAAGUCAUUUGCACUUUUUCCCUGUAAGUUACCUAAUAUAUUAUUGUACUAGUACAUCUGUGCCUGAAGAUUUUGUGGUAGAUGUACUAAGCUGUGUAACUGACUUGUUGCCUCUUCUGAAUUGUUUCAUUACCCUUUUCAGCCUUUAUUACUUAGGGUGAUACCAAAAUAUAAGUGAAUUAAGAUACACCAAAAUAGAGUGAUGUUUAACACAGAGUCUGAAAAUUGUGGAUGACAACAAGGGUGAGAGAGUGAUAAAUUAGUUUACCAACAAGGGUGACAGAGUGAUAAAUUAGUUUACUAGGACAAGUAUGUAAUAAGAGGAAUAAGAAAAAAAAUCACACCAUUUAUAUUUUUAGAAGGAAAACAAUCCUUGAGUUUCCAGGAUGGUUUUAUUAAAGUCCCAUGCUGUGUAUAAACAUACAAGUGAUGAGAAAAACAUUAACUUGAAACAUGCACUUAUCUGGCAUUCUCUAAAAUACCAUUAUACAAGUUUUCAUUUACUUAGAAAAAUACCCACUAAAACAAUCACAGUUUUUCUUAAAAGAUUUUAAAAAAAUGUGUUGGCCAGAACAAAGUCCAGAGAAUAAACAAGAUUCUGAAUUGCAUGUCAAAAAAACUGUACAAGGUUGUACAUAAAACUAUAGCUUACAAAAGCCUCGGGUAUAGUAAGAAUACUGAAUUAAGAUUUCCAAAGUUCUAUUUACCAAUAUCUAUUAAUAAAAUCCUUAUGAAAUAAUUGACUUAGAAAAAGUGAAAUGCUCAUGAUUUCAGAGUGUAUAGAAAACACUAAAUACCACUUUCUGAAAUAAAGUGUACUCAAAACAGCACAACAUGUAGUCUAGAAUCAAAAUUUGUCAUUCAUUUAAACUUUGCAUGUAUUACCAUAAUGGCUUAAGCAUAAAAUUUCUCUUGCAUUAAUAACUUUAAA